UCUGUCACUCGGGCCUGCCUCUUGCUACAUAUCGCCCCUCAUCUACAACAACCGCCUGCCUCCAACGCAACUGGUCUGACAUUCCACUUUGGAGACUCACCCCUUGAAUCCUACCGUCUGUCGAGAAAUGACCACAUCUCGAUGAGAAACUAAACCGCGCUCCCUCCUUGACUUCAAGGUUCCCCCGAGUCCCGAUAUCCGUAUCAUCUCUAGCUCUCGCCCAAGAGAACCGCCGUCCUUAUCAAUACCGGCGCCAUGACGUCCGCAGAGCACCUCACCCAGUCGCAGCUGAACGCUCUCAGCAUCAUCGAGCGUGUCUGUUCGGUAUUCUCCCUCCUUGGCUCCCUCUUCGUCAUUGGGACCUUCGUCUCGUCAAAGUCCUUCCACAAACCCAUCAACCGCCUCGUCUUCUACGCUUCCUUCGGCAACAUGAUGACCAAUGUCGGCACUUUGAUGUCCAGGCAAUAUAUUGACUCCCCGAAUUCGGUCGGUUGCCAGUUCCAGGCCUUUCUAAUCCAGAUGUUCAUGCCAGCGGAUGCUUUCUGGACCCUCACCAUGGCCAUCAAUGUGUACUUGACAUUUUACUUCAAGUUUGACGCCCGGCGGCUGCGGAGGAUGGAGAUCCCCUACCUCAUCGGCUGCUACGGCAUCCCCUUCGUCCCAGCUUUCGUCUACAUUUUUAUCAAGAACCGCCAGGGAGAGCGAAUGUACGGCGAUGCCACACUGUGGUGCUGGGUUGCCCCCGAGUGGGACAUAUGGCGCAUCGCCACCUUUUAUGGGCCUAUCUGGGUCGUCAUUUUCCUCACUUUUUUCGUCUAUAUCCGCGCCGGUCACACCAUUUACCUCAAAAGAAGGGAAUUGGGCAACUUCAGCUCAACAGAUCGGGAUUUGACAUCGCUCGGCGACGCACUCACGACGGUUAAAACCACGGAGGUGUCUGUGACGACGGAGGUGAUGGAUCAGACGAAUGGCCUGCAACUACAACCGAUAGGCCGGCGAGCGCCUAACCUAGACGAGCCGCAGAACCCGAAUGGCCCCUACUCAAUAACUAUUUCAGCCAACCCGAAUUCUGGGGACAAUGGGGACGUUGUCAUGCCUGUCCAACAGCCUGCUCACAGUAGCAGCCAAGUGACUUCCACGCAACGACCACCGACGGCGAACCCCACGAGGAGACGCAACCGUGAUCUCAACAACGCGGCUUGGUCAUAUACUAAGUGCGCCAUCCUGUUCUUCACAGCGAUCCUCAUCACCUGGAUCCCAUCAAGCGCGAAUCGCGUGUACUCAGUCUUCCACACUCAGACGGCGUCGGUGCCGCUUGAAUUCAUGAGUGCAUUCGUGCUACCGCUGCAGGGGUUCUGGAACGCCAUCAUUUAUAUGGUAACAUCGUGGAGUGCGGUGAAGAACCUGGCAACGGACUUGCGCUUGGGACGCCGGCCCGACGUGACGGAGCUGGUGGGAGGCAUGACGAACGACAAUCCCCACCACACCCAUCAUACCCACCACCACCGACAUAACCUUGCCCAGUUCCGGACAGCGUCCCGGUCGAACAAGACGUACGAGACAGAGAGCAUGACAGAGCUAGCAGGUAGUCGACCUACCUCGGACGAUGGUCGGCAAGGGGGGGUUUGAUUUCGAGAGUCUCAAUCAUGAUAUCAGGUUUAUGUUUUUUUACUUUGUUUCACUUUUUGAUGCGAAUUCCUUGCAAUAUUUUGAAGGAACAAAUCGCGUUUUGGACAGCAACGCAAGGGGUGGCUCAUGCUUGAAUACGUAUCAUGUUUCACGCCGGAUACCCCAGUUUAGCGUUGAGUUCUUUUUAUGGUCGGGAU